UGCAUGAGAAAGUAGUAGUACCCUUUUCUUGAAUUCUAUUUAGGUGGGACUGGAGGAGCUGAAGGAGGAAUACUGCUAUGGACAACACAGCAAAUGCACUUGAAGCUAUAAGCAAGGAAACUGUUGAUCUGGAGAAUGUCCCUCUUGAAGAAGUUUUCGAGAAGUUGAAGUGUACCAAAGAGGGUCUCAGCGACGAUGACGUUCAAACGCGGUUGGGGGUGUUUGGAUACAACAAACUCGAAGAGAAAAAGGAAAGUAAAAUACUCAAGUUUUUGGGCUUUAUGUGGAAUCCAUUGUCAUGGGUAAUGGAAGCAGCAGCAAUUAUGGCCAUCGCCCUUGCACACGGAGGGGGUAAAGGUACAGAUUACCAUGAUUUUAUCGGCAUUUUGGCGCUGCUUAUUAUCAAUUCAACCAUCAGCUUUAUAGAGGAAAAUAAUGCUGGAAAUGCAGCGGCAGCUCUUAUGGCUCGGCUUGCACCAAAAGCAAAGGUUUUACGUGACGGGAAAUGGAAAGAGGGAGAGGCCGCAGAAUUGGUCCCCGGAGACAUUGUUAGUAUCAAAUUAGGUGACAUCAUUCCUGCCGAUGCUCGAUUGCUUGAAGGAGAUCCUUUGAAAAUUGAUCAGUCUGCCCUUACAGGAGAGUCGCUUCCAGUAACUAAGAAUCCUGGUGAUGGAGUUUACUCUGGUUCAACUUGUAAGCAAGGUGAAAUUGAAGCGGUUGUUAUCGCUACUGGAGUUCAUACCUUCUUUGGAAAAGCAGCACAUCUUGUGGAAAACACUACACAUGUUGGGCACUUUCAGAAGGUCCUGACUGCAAUCGGAAACUUCUGCAUCUGCUCCAUUGCCAUUGGGAUUUUGAUUGAAAUCAUUGCAAUGUAUGGGAUUCAAGGAAGGGCGUAUCGUGUUGGCAUAGAUAACCUUCUUGUUUUGCUCAUUGGUGGUAUCCCCAUUGCUAUGCCUACAGUUCUUUCCGUAACCAUGGCUAUAGGUUCUCAUCGUUUGUCUCAACAGGGGGCCAUAACAAAGAGAAUGACUGCUAUUGAAGAAAUGGCUGGGAUGGAUGUGCUCUGCAGUGAUAAAACAGGAACUUUAACUCUUAACAAACUUACAGUCGACAAAUCUAUGAUAGAGGUUUUUUCCAAGGAGGUUGACAAGGACAUGGUUGUCUUGAUGGCUGCAAGAGCUUCACGGUUGGAGAAUCAAGAUGCUAUUGAUGCAGCCAUUGUUUCCAUGCUGGCUGAUCCUAAAGAGGCGCGAGCUGGAAUCACAGAAGUUCACUUUCUUCCCUUCAAUCCAACUGACAAGAGGACAGCACUUACAUACCUAGACAGUGCUGGAAAGAUGCACCGAGUGAGCAAAGGAGCACCAGAGCAGAUUCUCAAUCUGGCAUGGAAUAAAUCAGACAUCGAAAGAAGAGUGCAUUCCAUAAUCGAUAAAUUUGCUGAGCGUGGACUUCGAUCCCUCGGUGUUGCUCGACAGGAGGUGCCUGCUGGUAACAAGGACAGUCCUGGUGGGCCCUGGGAAUUUGUUGGUCUUCUCCCUCUUUUUGAUCCACCACGCCAUGAUAGUGCUGAAACUAUUAGGAGAGCUCUAGAUCUAGGUGUAAGUGUUAAAAUGAUCACAGGUGACCAGCUAGCAAUUGGAAAGGAGACAGGAAGGCGGCUUGGUAUGGGAACAAACAUGUAUCCAUCAUCCUCUUUGCUUGGUGAAAACAAGGAUGGAGUUGGAGCUCUACCAAUUGACGAGCUCAUAGAAAAUGCUGAUGGUUUUGCUGGUGUUUUCCCAGAGCACAAGUAUGAGAUUGUGAAGCGAUUGCAAGCUAAAAAACAUAUAGUUGGAAUGACGGGCGAUGGAGUUAAUGAUGCACCUGCAUUAAAGAUAGCAGACAUAGGAAUCGCGGUGGCAGAUGCAACAGAUGCUGCUCGCAGUGCCUCUGAUAUUGUUCUGACAGAACCUGGACUUAGUGUAAUCAUUAGUGCUGUUUUAACCAGCCGUGCCAUAUUUCAAAGAAUGAAGAACUAUACCAUAUAUGCAGUAUCAAUCACAAUACGUAUUGUGAUGGGAUUCAUGUUGCUUGCUGUCUUCUGGAAGUUUGAUUUCCCUCCCUUUAUGGUUCUCAUCAUUGCCGUUCUCAAUGACGGAACAAUUAUGACAAUAUCCAAAGACAGAGUUAAGCCAUCCCCAAUACCAGACUGUUGGAAGCUUAGUGAAAUUUUUGCAACAGGGAUAGUGAUUGGCAGCUACCUUGCUGUAAUGACAGUCGUAUUCUUCUGGCUGGCUUUUAAAACCGAUUUCUUUCCGAAGCACUUCCAUGUAAAAAGCUUUCACCAACAUUUGGAUCUUUCGGAUAAAGUUCUCUCCAAGGAACUGAAUGGACAGCUAGCAUCAGCCGUGUACCUUCAAGUUAGCACCAUCAGCCAGGCUCUAAUAUUUGUGACUCGUUCCAGGAGUUGGUCAUACAAGGAAAGGCCUGGUCUUCUUCUUCUUUCUGCUUUCAUCGUUGCUCAAUUGAUUGCAACUGUGAUCUCUGCCACAGCAACAUGGGAUUUUGCUGGAAUCAGUAAGAUUGGCUGGCGCUGGACUGCUGUCAUAUGGCUAUACAACAUUGUCACAUACAAGCUGCUUGAUCCUAUCAAGUUCGCUGUUCGAUAUGCACAGAGUGGCAGAGCCUGGAGUCUGGUAUAUAACCAAAGAACAGCAAUGACCACCCAAAAGGACUUUGGUAAGGAAGCUCGAGAAGCUGCGUGGGCGGCUGAGCAACGAUCACUUCAUGGCCUCCUAUCUAUGGAAGCAAAAUCGUUCCCCGAAAAGCACACUUUCAGGGACAUUAACAUCAUGGCAGAAGAAGCCAGAAGACGUGCAGAGAUUGCAAGAUUAAGAGAGCUUCACACCCUGAAAGGCAAGGUAGAGUCCAUUGCCAAGUUAAGGGGUUUAGAUAUCGAUGUCAACCCCCACUACACAGUCUGAAUGAUGAAUUCAUUUCCCAAAUAAAGUGCCUCCUCGGAAACCGAUUAACUGGUAGAGAACGGCCGCAUUACAAGGUGUCAAUGGUGCUUCUGCUGCAGCUUUCCUUUUCUCCUUCAAUUCACCCUAUGCUGUGCUUGUUCGCCACCAUUUGAAUGAGGUGCACCAAGCUCAAAUGUUCCAAGUAUCAAUAAAAGGUCGAAUUGGACGGCCCUUUUUUUGCCCCUUCAUCAAUGUUAUUGCAAUAUUUGAAUGUAAUCAUGAAUUCUCAUCAUAAUACAGCUUUGUAGAACAAUUAAAUUUUUGUUUUUCAAGGGAAGUCCUUUCACCACUCAAAAUAAAUAAGAAAGCCGAAAAAGAUUGCAUUGCACUGUGUAAUCCAAUCAUCAUAAAAGAAAGAAAUGUAAACUAUAGUAUAAGUCAUCAAAACUAUAAAAGUAAGAGAGAAUCUUGGUCCAACCAUUCACGUAUAACAUGUUUAGUAAUAUUAUAUAGGAUUUGAUUGAGAAAUUUUAUGACGAUAAAGGUGUAAUUAACCAGGGAAGUGAUUGCAGAGAGACCACAACUGGGGAGACCCUUUUCUGUUAGCAUACAGACUGCGAAAGCAAAACAUCAAUGAGAUGAGCCACCUCAGGAAUGGCAGAGGCAAUAAAGAAAGAAAAAAUCCAGGAAAAAGCAUUCCCGGAAAAAAAAAAAGAAUUGAAAAGGAUGGAGUGAAAAAAGAUGAGAAAAAGCAGAAGUAAAAAGGCAAUCUUUGGGUUCUUGAGCCUGGAUUUUUCUCAGUUUUGAUUUCUUACCAAAAAAAAAAAAAACAAGUCAAUAUAGAAAGCUAAAAAAAAAUGAAACCAGGACCUGAUCUGAAUGGUUAGGAGGGUGCCUCUCAAAGGAACCUAAAAAUGGUAGCACACCCAAAAUCAAGCAACAUCAGUGAGAGUGCCUAUGAAACAUGGACAAACAGAGCUCGUAACAAAAAAAAUACCUGACAAAAAUUAUGCAGCCUAGCCAAAAUUGUGGACAAGUCAGCCAAAAUAGAAAGCAAACAACAGAUUUCAAAAGAAUCAAAGAACCCAACCGAGAAGCCAGCCAAAAUUGACAGGAAAAAAUGAGAAAAGCUAGUGCCUAACCCAAGU